CCGUCCAAAUGUGCGUGCCUGGGGAGGAGCUUACAGAGCAAUAUAAUUGUUGUGUUUCCCCACGGAAAAUAAAAAACGGAGCACCAAAAUGGCGACCUCCUUACUUCGGCUAGGACGACUGGGGUCUCUCAAGGUUCUCCAGAAAGAGAGCUGGGGCCUUUUGAGGAGCUCCUCUGCCGCGGCAUUCUGCACCAAGGCUGGGGAGCCAAAGAAAGCUGUUAAGGCAACGGCUACAAUUAAGAAGGCCUCAGAAGAGGGGGCUGCACUACAAGCCUACAACACCACGGUUGCCUUCCCCGUUAAGCUUUCAGCCUCAGGACUUUCCCCAGCACAGGCUCUAGGUGAAAUUGAAUCAGUGGCUAGCCCCGUCACUGCUGAAACAAUAGUAGCCGCAGCUGCAGAACCAGCUACCUUUUCCACUUCUGCAAGCCAUGCUGACGCUAGGCCUGCUGAAACUGUUGUGGCUGAAGAAACUGCUAGUCCUGCUGUAGAUGUGGCCGCUCCAGUCAUAGAGGUGGCUAAGUCUGCCCCUGCUUCUGAGAGUGUUGCAGAGAUCACAUCCCUUGUCACAGAGGAGGCCGCAGCAUCAGAGACACCAGUAGUAGAAUCCACUACACCAGCUGCCAAGGCCGCAGUAGUCGCUGACGCUGUUGCAGAAGCUGCUCCAGUUGCUGAGGCUGUUGCCAGUGAUGCCGCCCCAGUUGAAGCAGUCGUGGCAGAGGCUCCUUCAGUUGCGGAGGCUGUCGCCGAACCUGCUCCAGUCGCUGACAUUGCUGAUCCCAUCGUCGAUUCUGCUCAACCUGUAAUUGACGCCGCCACCAAAGUCACGGAUGCUGCUCCCCCAGUUGCUGAGCCUGUCGUUGCUACCAGUGAUGAAGCUCCCGUGCCAGAAGACAUUCCAGUUUCUGCCGAUCCACCUUUAGUUGAUGCUGCACCCUCCACUGAACCUGGAGCCCCAGCCGUUGAAUCCUCAUCCAGUGAUUCUGACUCCGACUCCUCCGACUCUGACACCGACUCUGAUGAUGAGAUGUCCGAAGUGAAAUCCAAGGCAAAACCAGAAAUCCAAGCAGAAAAAAAGAAAGACGCAGAAAAGGAAGCAGUGGCUUUGGCCAGCGACUCUGAGGUGGCAGUGACGUCUGAUGCCAUCCUUGUGGCCACUGCUGAAGCUGUGCAAGAAGCUACACCUGUGCCGACUCUGAACGCAGUUCCUGAAACUGUCAAGGAAGCAGCACCAGAAGUUGUAGCCGAGGCAGCACCAGAAGUUGUAGCCGAAGCAGCACCAGAAGUUGUAGCCGAAGCAGCACCAGAAGUUGUAGCCGAAGCAGCACCAGAAGUUGUAGCCGAAGCAGCACCAGAAGUUGUAGCCGAAGCAGCACCAGAAGUUGUAGCCGAAGCAGCACCAGAAGUUGUAGCCGAAGCAGCACCAGAAGUUGUAGCCGAAGCAGCACCAGAAGUUGUAGCCGAAGCAGCACCAGAAGUCACCAAAGAAGUUCAAGCGGCCGCUCCAGAAAUUGCAAGUGCUGAGCUGGUUGACCCCACCUCUGUCCUGGAAGCCGACCCAGCGAAAGCUACCCUGGAGGUUGGCCCUGAAACUGCCCCUGCUACAAGUUUUGAGGAGCUAGUAGACUCUGCCCCUGAGAUCGCUAGUGUACCCAAAGAGAUUUUUGCAGAAGCUGCUCCAGAGGUUGAAGUGACGCCUCCAGAAGUCACCGCUGCACCAAAAGUCACUCCAAAAGUUGUACCGAAAGCGGCAGAAGAAGCAUCUGAAGCUGCCCCUGUAGAAAUUGCUGCUGAAAAACCUGUUGAACCUACGGCGGAAGAUGCACCGGCCGUUGCUAAAGCUGCCCCAGUUGAAGCCGCAGCAGAGGUGCUGGUAGACAUCGCCCCUGUAGUGGCUGGAGCCGCAGGAGAGGAGCUGAUAGACAACGCCCCUGUAAUGGCUGGAGCCGCAGGAGAGGAGCUGAUUGCAGAGGCCCUGGCUGAGGCAGAACCGAAUGAGACCUCAGAGGCUGCACCUCCAGAGUCAGCCCCCGAGCCAUUCGACAACAGCACUUAUAAGAACCUCCAGCACCACAACUACAACCACUACACCUUCGCAGACCUGGACCUGGAGAUGGCCAAGUACCGUCUGCCCCAGCCCUCCUCCGGUAGACCCUCCCCCAGGCACUGAGACCGCCUGGAAUCCAGGCCCCAUGUCCCCAGACAGCAUGUCUCUGAUCCCGCUGACCACCCCAUGUCUUUUUUUUUUUUUUUUUUUAGAAGAAUAAUGAUUUUUGCCUUGUACUUUAUGGUCCCUAAGAUGUGCUUGUAAUUCUGUUAAAAUAAAUCUAUUAUAAACUACAUAAAAUGGA